GGCUGCUUGGGUUGAAAGCCCCUCCUCGGCCCCUUGGAAAAUUAGAACAAGCUUAAAAAAGCUCCUGCCGAACGCGUCACUGGUGAGAGCUUGAUUGCAGUGCCGACCUUCUUCAACCGAGAUACAAAACCAGCAGACGCAUGUGUCGACCCCAAAAACGAUGAACCUGGCGGAUCUGCUUCUCCAAGACCGGGCCUGCCGCUAGUACCCCGCGCCCUCCAUACCUUAAACAUGAGCAACCUUCACGCGCCCACUGUCCCGUCGGGGCCAACUACGGCGCCUAUCGCAAACGGCGGGACGUCCUACCUCUCAUUCAAUGAGCUCCAGCGCCGCAAGGAUGAUAUUGAGGGAGAGCUAAAGGCUCUCAGCGGCGUUCUUGAUUCGCAUGGCGUCGAUAUGAACACGAACCUCCUCACGCCUGACGGCUUUCCCCGAGCCGACAUUGAUGUUGCCCAAAUCCGCACGACGAGAGCGCGCAUCAUUUACCUCAAGAACGACUUCAAGGAGCUGAUGGUCAUCAUCGAAAAACGCCUCCACGAACACUUUGCUAGUUUGACGGACGAUGAUGAGCCCGCCGUUGCUAUAGAAGCCGCGCAGCCCACAUUGAGAGAUUCGGUUCCCGAGCCCCUGGGCCCCGUCUUCGCAAAGGUCAAUACUGUGGUAGACAACAGUCCCGCCGCUACCGCAGGCCUCCAGCCCGGUGACCUGAUCCGGACCUUCGGCUACGUUAGCGCGUCGAACCAUAAUAAUCUUAAGAAGGUUGCCGAAUGUGUCCAGGGCAAUGAAGGACAAAAUGUUCUUGUCAAGAUUUUGCGAAGCACUGGCACCCAUCCCCAGGAGCUGCAAUUGACGCUGACGCCCAGCCGUAACUGGGGCGGGAGAGGUCUUCUUGGAUGCCAUAUCCUCCCAAUUUAGCACCAGCUAGCUCCAAGCUUAGGCUGCCUGUAGGAAGAACUGAUAGCGUGUGGGAUGUUAUUUCCGGAGCAAAAAGAAUUGGGCUCUAGAAGUCUGGGCUGUUGGGCCAAAUCGGGAGACCAUGAUAAGAAGUACUUAGCCGAUCCAGCCCAAGGUGCUCUCAAGAAGGCUACCACCCAGUUGUGCAGCCAGCGGAUUAGGCACUCAGUUAGAUUCUGCAUUUGCCACAUCAAUUGUGUGAAAAACAUGCCAUUGUAAAAAAAAA